AUGGAGGUCGCCACGCCGGGAGUGUCGAAUGGCGUCUCCACGCCAGAUGCGGCGGCUUCGGUGGAUUCUGGUGCGGUCAUCCAAUACCUAACGGAAGUGCUCCAGGUGACACUGGGCGCUCUGAAAUCCGAGCUGGAGAGCGCCGGGAGCUUGCUCUCGGAUGCUAAGUACCAAGAGACCGCGCAAAGAUGCAUGCGAUUUGCCUCGGAGGCACAAGUCGCGCUCUAUGUGCAGAAAGAUAUUGUGGCCGCAGAGGAAACAAAUGGUGAUGCCGAAGGUGCAGGUAGGUCUAUGAGCUCUGUAGUCCUGCUCGACCUCUCUAUUCGAGCUAACAAUGUGAAUAAAGAGCCUAUUGUACAGUAUUCCUACGACCUUUCCUCCGAGAUCUCCUCCACCUCGACUACCGUCGCGUCGGUAGCCUUUAUUAAACGUCCCGCUCCGAUUGAUCCUGCUCUCCCAAUUGCCUCGCAGAUCCAGGUGAUGAACCUGCCUGGUGUCGCCUCUUUGAACAAUGCCCCAACGCAACAAGGAAAUGCCAUGUCGCCAUAUCAGAUCUUACAUCUGCUACUUCAUCACGGACUGAGUCCCUACUUCGAAGCCUACACUCGUAACCAGGAAUCAGCCGCCGGCACGAAAUCGAGAACUGAUACUGAGGCGAAGACUGGUAUUCCCGGGACCAAGAAGAAGUUUGCGGAGCUAGAGUUGGGUCUUAUGCACUUGCAGCAGAAUGUGGAGAUUCCUGCCUUGAGCCUCCCGCUUCAUGAGGUCGUACAGGCUGCGCUCAAGGAAGCUGAGGCUAGGGGCAUCAAACCGACUGUCGAGCUGAUUCCAUCGACUGUUCUGGAUAGCAGUGCCUUCACCAACAGCAUUCAGAACACGGUGAAUGGAUGGAUUCGCUCAAUCCAAACGAUCACGAAGAUGUCCCGAGACCCGGACAGCGAGUCGGCCUCCCCGGAGGUGAACUUCUGGUUGUCGAUGGAGACUGCGCUGGAAGGGAUUGAGAACCAGCUGGCUAGCGAAGGAGUUCGACUGACGAUGGACAUUCUUCGCCACGCGAAGCGAUACCAGCCGACCUUGAGUUUCGUGGCGGAUACUGGGCUGAAAGAUGCCACCGAGUUGGUCCAGAAGUACAAUCAACUGAUGCGUGACUUCCCGCUGGAUGAGCUCCUCUCAGCCACUUCUCUGCAGAAAGUGCAAGAGUCUCUGGGUCUGAUCUUCAACCAUCUCAACAAGAAGCUGAAGAUCUGCCCGUAUCCUAUCAAGCGUGCUCUUUCACUUGUCGAAGCUAUCUCUGGUGACCUGGACAAGAAGAUUCAUGAUCUGAUUCAGGGUCGCGAGAUCCUCCACUUGGACUAUCGGGAGUUCCGGUCUCUGAUGAAGAUCACUCAGGCAAUUUGGCGCUCUUGGGACGAGAACUUGAAGGAGUUCACUAAUGUAGCCCGUGAGUCGACAAGACGCCGUAAUGAGAAGUUCAUCCCCAUCAAGAUCAAUGCUCGACACGAUAAAACCCGCGAACGCUUGAAGUACAUCGAUACGUUCCGCGUCAACCACGAACAACUUCAAAAGACCAUCAUCAAUGUUCUUGGGCCGAAGAACCCUUCACCAACAGAGACCGGCGCUGGCGUUGACUCUGAGGAGACGGUUAUCGUGGAGGAAAUUGGCGAUGUUGAUGCCGUUGAAGAGGUUACGCACGCCUAUGCUGCUUUGAGGAACGUGGAUGUGCUUGAUGUGUCGCCGGAAGGAUCCCGUGCCUGGGAGCAGGCCGAGAUUGGCUAUAGCGAGCGUACCUCGCGUGUCGAGAACUCCAUUAUUGCCCGCCUGCGUGAUCGUCUGGCCACCGCCAAGAAUGCCAACGAGAUGUUCCGUGUCUUCUCCAAGUUCAACGCUUUGCUCGUCCGCCCCAAGAUUCGCGGUGCUAUUGGCGAGUACCAGACACAGCUGAUUGACAAUGUCAAGCGUGAUAUCUCCGCUCUCCAUGAGCGCUUCAAGCAGCAGUAUGGCCAUUCCGAGGCUCAUGCCAUGGCCCAACUGCGCGAUCUUCCCCAGUCUCAGAUUGAGCGACAGCUCGAUGGCUACAUGCGCAAGGUGGAGAAUGUCCUUGGUGAAGACUGGCAUCUUCACUCGGAAGGCCAGAAGCUGCAAGCGGAGGGCAAUCUCUUCCGCAAGAAGCUUGACACCCGCCCUGUCUUUGAAUCAUGGCUCUAUGAUGUGCAAAGACGGCAUAUUACUAUCUCCGGCCGACUUUUCAACAUUGUGCGUAACCGCGCUGCUGGAAACAAGUUGGAGCUCACGGUCAACUUCGACGCUCAAAUUAUCGCCUUGUUUAAGGAAGUCCGCAACCUCAUUUGGUUGAACUUCCAGGUUCCCCAUGCUGUCAGCAACAUCUCGAAGGAGGCGAAGCGGGUCUACCCAUAUGCCAUUAGUCUCAUGGAAAGUGUGCGAACACUGCUCCAGACUAACCGCACAAUUGCUUCGAUGUCUGAUGUUGCCAUUCUCCUCAACGGUUACGUGAAUGACUCUCAGGCCAUGGUCAACAAGGGUAUUCCACUGAGAUGGGAGUCUUUUGUUCACUCCUACGAGCUCCAUGUUAAACAAUCGGCCCUUGCAAAUGGCGCCAUCGACACCACAAUGCCCAAUCGGACGGAGAGCAAGCACGUUCAGUUUGUUCGCGAGUUUGCUGGCUCCGCAUCCGUCCUCCAAUCAAAGACUGCAGUUCUGUCGUCCAUCAACGAAAACAUUCAGAAAUCCAUCCAUGAGCUCAAGACUUGUCCUUACGAUGCUGCGGCGUUUAAACAACGCCUGGACGUUAUCCAGGUCGCGGUGGAUAAGCUCAACCUCGAGAACUAUGUCAAUCUCGGGUAUUGGGUUUCAGAGCUGAACGCAAAGAUCGAAACCAUCCUUAGCGAGAGACUUCAUCGUGCCAUUCGGGAGUGGAUUAACACUUUCCAAGAAUCCCGCAAUGGGCAGGUGACUACCCUGCCAUCCGUUGAACCUGAAGCCUUGACUUACACCCUCUCCUUCCCUGAGCUGUUCCAUGAGAUUUCCAUGAAGAAUCAGGUUCUCCAUCUCGACCCUCCACUUCAGUUUGCUCGCGCAAGCUGGUUCUCACAAUUUGACUCGUGGUUGGGCGUCAUCUGCAACCUCGAGAAGAUCAAGGCUUCCCGAUACCAGAUUUCUAUUGAUGUGCAAACCGUUCGCCAGUCGGAAGCUUGCUUCGCAGACCUCCCGCAGCGUUGUACUGAAGAGCUUAACCAGGUCUAUGGAGUUGUUGAGAGCCGACUGAAGGAUGUGUCAGAGUAUGUCGACAAGUGGCUUCAAUUCCAGUCGCUUUGGGACUUGCAAUCUGAGCAGGUGUACGAUAUUCUGGGUGAUGAUCUGUCUCAGUGGUUGCAACUUCUUCAAGAGAUCCGCAAGAGCCGUGCCACUUUCGAUACCUCUGAAGUCAGUCGGUCUUUCGGCAAUAUCAGAAUCGACUACGAGCAAGUUCAGACCAAGGUGAACGCCAAGUACGACCAGUGGCAGCACGAAAUCCUCCAGAAAUUCGGAGCCAAGCUUGGUGGCCGCGUGAGAGAGGUUCACUCUGAGAUCGCCUCUGCCCGCCGUGAUCUCGAAGGUCAGACUUUGGAGGCCUCGUCUACCGCACAUGCAGUCUCCUUCAUUACCAUUGUUCAGCAAUGCAAGCGUAAGACUCGUGUCUGGGAACCAGAGGUCGACCUGUUCCGCCAGGGUCAAACUACGCUCUCCCGCCAGCGAUACGCGUUUCCCAAUGACUGGCUCCACGUUGAAAAUGUUGAUGGUGAAUGGACUGCCUUGAAUGAGCUGCUUGCCCGCAAGAGCAAGAUCGUUCAGGACCAGACUGAUGCCCUGCGUGCUAAGAUCACUGCCGAGGAUCGCGUAAUCAGUGACAAGAUCGCGGAAGUCAUUGCCCAAUGGAAUGACGAAAAACCUGUCUCCGGUACCAUUCCUCCCGAUGAGGCGUCUCGUACUCUCAGCUCCUUCCAGUCUCGCCUCGAAUCCCUCCAGUCUGAGUUCGAAAUGGUUUCCAAGGCCAAGGAGGCCCUCGACCUUCCCACCAGCUCUGACUCGUCGCUUCCGGCAAUCCUUGAAGAAGUUCAGGACUUCAUGUCGGUUUGGGCAGCACUAUCUACAAUUUGGAAGAGCCUCAAUGACUUGCGUGAGGGCCUCUGGACCAGUGUCCAGCCCAGAAAGCUCCGACAGGCUCUCGAUGGCCUGAUCAAGAUGACCAAGGAAAUGCCGAGCCGAAUGAGGCAGUAUGCUGCAUUUGAACACAUUCAGAACGUCUUGCGGCAGCUGUUGAAGGUCAACUCCCUGCUUUCGGACAUGAAGUCGGAAGCUGUCAAGGAACGACACUGGCAGAAGAUCUACAAAUCCCUGAAGCCCGGAAAGAGAUUCUCCCUCGUCUCUCUCACUCUUGGCGAUGUCUGGGACUUGCAGCUCGCAACUAGUGAAAAUGUCAUUCGCAGUAUCAUCGCCCAGGCCCAGGGUGAGAUGGCGUUGGAAGAAUUCUUGAAGUCCGUUCGCGAGACCUGGCAAAAUUAUUCUUUGGACCUGGUCAACUACCAGAACAAGUGUCGCCUUAUUCGAGGCUUCGACGAUCUGUUUGCCAAGUGUAGUGAGAACUUGAACUCCCUCCAGGCAAUGAGGCACUCCCCGUACUACAAGGAGUUCGAGGAAGAGGCUACCUCCUGGGAAGACAAACUCAACCGUGUCCACGUGUUGUUCGAUGUUUGGAUUGAUGUCCAAAGACAAUGGGUCUACUUGGAAGGCGUCUUCACCGGCAAUGCGGAUAUCAAGCACCUCCUUCCCCUCGAGUCAAGCCGCUUCCAGAACAUCAACUCCGAGUUCUUUGCUGUGAUGAAGAAGGUCUACAAAUCACCAUUCGUUUUGGAUGUUCUUGCAAUCAACGGCGUCCAGAAGUCUCUGGAGCGAUUGGCUGAGCUGCUUAACAAGAUCCAGAAGGCGCUUGGUGAAUACCUGGAAAGAGAGCGUGUGUCAUUCCCUCGCUUCUACUUCGUUGGUGACGAAGAUCUCUUGGAAAUCAUUGGUAACAGCAAUGAUAUUUUCCGUGUUGCCAAGCACUUCAAGAAGAUGUUUGCUGGUCUGUCAGGUCUUUUGAUGGAUGACGAUAACAACAUUGUCGGGUUCACGUCCAAGGAGGGCGAGGAGGUUCGCCUCAAGCGCGAGGUCAACCUUAUUAAGACCCCUAGAAUCAAUGACUGGCUUUCCGCUUUGGAGAACAACAUGAAGUUGACUCUGGCAGAGCUGCUUGGUGAGGCUGUUGAGCAAUUCGAGACCCUUUAUCACGGUGCCGAGGUGGAUCGAACUGCUUUUAACGAUUUCCUGGCCAACUACCCGGCCCAGAUUGUCGUCCUCGCCAGUCAAGUCGUCUGGACCAACGCGGUGCAGAAGUCUCUGGAGGAUGGCGGUGUCAACCUUCAAGCAUUGUAUGAAGCUGAGGUCCGAAUCCUCGAGCUGCUGGCCGCUACUGUGCUUGGUGAACUGGAUGCCAUCACUCGUAAGAAGUGCGAACACAUGAUCACUGAAUUCGUGCACCAGCGUGAUGCCAUUUCUAAGCUGAUCCAGUUCAAUGCCACGACUCCGACUCACUAUCUGUGGCUGUUGCAGAUGCGUUACGUUUACCAGCCUGAUGGUGACUUCCUACAGCGCCUGUACGUCCACAUGGCCAAUGCCAAGCUGAACUACGGUUUCGAGUACCUGGGCGUGCCCGAACGUCUUGUUCGCACGCCUCUUACCGAUCGUUGUUUCCUCACCCUCACCCAAGCCCUUUGCCAACGACUUGGUGGCUCUCCCUACGGUCCCGCAGGUACCGGUAAAACCGAGUCUGUCAAGGCUCUUGGUCUGCAGCUUGGUCGUUUCACUCUUGUCUUCUGCUGUGACGACACAUUCGAUUUCCAGGCUAUGGGUCGUAUUUUCCUCGGUAUUUGUCAAGUCGGUGCUUGGGGUUGCUUUGACGAGUUCAAUCGUUUGGAGGAACGAAUUCUGUCUGCCGUUUCCCAGCAGAUCCAAAACAUCCAAAUCGGUCUGCGCAAGGGCGAGGAUGAAGAGAAAUCUCAGAUUGAGCUGGUUGGACGUCGUCUGGUUGUCAACUCCAACACCGGUAUCUUCAUCACAAUGAAUCCUGGAUACGCCGGUCGUUCCAACUUGCCCGAUAACUUGAAGAAGUUGUUCCGCAGCGUUGCGAUGUCCAAGCCCGACAAGGAGCUCAUCGCAGAAGUCAUGCUGUUUUCCCAGGGUUUCAAGCAAGCCAAGCCCCUUUCUAAGCAAACGGUGCCAUUCUUCGACCACUGUGCCUCUCAACUAUCCAAGCAAGCCCACUACGACUUUGGUCUUCGUGCAUUGAAGAGUGUUCUGGUUAGCUCUGGUGGUCUCAAGCGCGCUCGCCUCGCCAACUCCGAUGGUAAUCUGGGCCCUGAUGAACUUAUCGAACCCCAGAUUAUCGUCCAGAGUCUGCGAGAGACCAUUGCUCCUAAGCUCGUGCAAGAAGAUGUCGACCGUAUGCUCAACAUUCAGCUACAAGACUUCCCUGGAGUUGAAUACGUGCCUGCCAACUAUGAAAAGCUCACUCAAGCGAUCCGGGACAUCGCCAAGGAACAGCAUUUGGUGGAUAGUGACAUGUGGAUCACAAAGGCCCUGCAAUUAUACCAGAUUCAGAGCAUCCACCAUGGUGUCAUGAUGGUUGGUAAAUCAGGAUCCGGUAAAUCAGCCGCUUGGAAGAUUCUACUGCAAGCCAUGCAACGGAUCGAAAACGUCGAAGGUGUCUCGCAUAUCAUUGAUUCGAAGGUCAUGUCCAAGGAAGCUCUCUAUGGUAACCUUGACAGCACCACCCGCGAAUGGACUGACGGUCUCUUCACUGGUAUUCUUCGCAAGAUUGUCGACAAUCUCCGUGGAGAGGACAGCAAGCGUCACUGGAUCGUAUUUGACGGUGACGUUGACCCAGAGUGGGUCGAGAACUUGAACAGUGUUCUGGAUGACAACAAGCUGCUUACACUGCCCAACGGUGAACGUCUCAACCUUCCUCCCAAUGUGCGCGUCAUGUUUGAGGUUGAGACUUUGAAGUACGCCACUUUGGCCACUGUCAGUCGUUGCGGUAUGGUCUGGUUCAAUGAGGAUACUGUCACUCCUUCCAUGAUGAUCAACAACUACGUGGAAGGCCUGAAGACCAAGACUUUCGAGGACCUGGAUGAUGACAGUGUUCCUGCGGGAACAUCAGCAGCCAAGACACAGGAUACCCAGGAAAUGCUUUCUGUCGUCCUCAAGCAGCACCUGGAGACAGACGACCUAGUUCUGAAGGCUCUUGAGGAGGCAAAGAAGUACAACCAUAUUAUGGACUUCACUGAUAUCCGCGCUCUCAACACCAUGUUCAGUUUGCUGAACAAGGCUUGCCGUAACGUCUUGGAAUACAACAUCCAGCAUGUCGAUUUCCCACUGGAUUCGGAGCAAAUAGAGUCCUACAUCUCCAAGAAGCUUCUGCUCACCCUCGUCUGGUCCUUCACCGGUGACUGCCCUCUUACUGACCGCAAGGCCUUUGGUCAGUACGUUGCUGGUAUGACUACCAUUGAUCUUCCCCCCGAUGGUGAAUCAUCCCUCAUUGACUACGAUGUCACUCUUCCGAAGUCUGAAUGGGCCAGCUGGCAGUCACAGGUGCCUUCAAUUGACAUCAACACUCAUUCGAUCACCCAGACGGACGUCAUCAUCCCUACCGUGGAUACCGUACGCCAUGAGGAUGUUCUGUACUCCUGGCUCGCGGAGCACAAACCUCUCCUGCUGUGUGGUCCUCCUGGAUCUGGUAAAACCAUGACGCUGUUUGCUGCGUUGAGAAAACUGCCAAACAUGGAGGUCGUCGGCCUCAAUUUCUCCAGUGCUACCACUCCUGAUCUUUUGAUCAAGACCUUCGAGCAAUACUGUGAAUACAAAAAGACGCUCAAUGGUGUGGUGAUGUCUCCCAACCAGAUUGGUCGUUGGCUCGUCAUCUUCUGCGACGAAAUUAACUUGCCCGCCCCCGAUCGCUACGGCACUCAGCGAGCCAUUUCCUUCCUGCGCCAGCUUGUGGAACAGAAUGGCUUCUGGCGUACCUCUGACAAAACCUGGGUCAGCCUUGAUCGCAUCCAGUUUGUUGGUGCUUGUAACCCGCCCACUGAUGCGGGUCGUACACCAAUGGGUGAGCGUUUCCUGCGCCAUGCUCCUCUCAUCAUGGUCGAUUACCCUGGUGAGAUCUCGCUCAACCAAAUCUAUGGUACCUUCAACUCCGCGGUGCUCAAGAUCCUGCCAUUGCUCCGCGGAUAUUCCGAGUCCCUUACGAAGGCCAUGGUCCAGUUCUACCUUGAAUCGCAGACCAGAUUCACGCCCAAGAUUCAGCCUCACUACGUUUACUCCCCUCGUGAGCUUACUCGCUGGGUUCGUGGUGUCUACGAGGCGAUCAAGCCACUUGAGACUCUAUCGAUUGAGGGUCUUGUUCGAAUCUGGGCCCAUGAAGCUCUGCGCCUGUUCCAAGAUCGUUUGGUCGCCGAGGACGAGCGAGCUUGGACUGCAGAUGCUGUCCGUCGUAUUGCGCUGGAGAAUUUCCCUACCAUUGACCAAGAGGAGGCUUUGAAAGGCCCCAUCUUGUUCUCCAACUGGCUGUCCAAGCACUACGUGCCCGUGGAGCAGGAGCGCCUCCGCGAUUUCGUCAAGGCUCGUCUGAAGACAUUCUGCGAGGAAGAAGUCGAUGUUCCUUUGGUGCUAUUCAACGAUGUUCUCGAACACGCGCUUCGUAUUGACAGAGUGUUCCGUCAGCCCCAGGGUCAUCUCAUUUUGAUUGGUGUUAGCGGUAGUGGAAAGACGACUCUGUCCCGCUUUGUUGCUUGGAUGAACGGUCUGAAGGUCUUCCAGAUCAAGGUGCAUGGGAAGUAUUCCUCGGAAGACUUUGAUGACGAUCUUCGGAGCGUUCUUCGCCGAGCAGGUUGCAAGGGUGAGAAGAUUUGCUUCAUUAUGGACGAAGCCAACGUGCUCGACUCCGGUUUCUUGGAACGUAUGAACACCUUGCUUGCCAACGCCGAGGUGCCUGGUCUCUUCGAGGGUGAUGAAUUCUCUUCUUUGAUGACCGCCUGUAAAGAGGGCGCCCAGCGUCAAGGCCUUAUUCUCGACUCUCAAGAGGAGCUCUACAAGUGGUUCACUCAGCAGAUCGUCAAGAACCUUCACGUGGUCUUCACCAUGAACCCGCCUGAGGAUGGAUUGUCUUCCAAGGCGGCCACCAGCCCUGCUCUGUUCAAUCGUUGUGUGCUCAACUGGAUGGGCGACUGGUCCGAUCAAGCCCUGUUCCAGGUUGGCUCUGAGCUUACUCAGUCCGUCGAUCUCGACAAGCCCAACUUCGUCUCUCCCGAUAGUAUACCUGUCGCCUACCGCGAGUUGUCUCUUCCUGCCUCCCACAGAGACACUGUUGUCAACUCGAUGGUGUUCAUCCACCACUCGUUGCACCGGUUCAACCAGCGCCUGCAGAAGCAGCAAGGCCGGUCUACUUUCCUCACUCCUCGCCAUUACCUUGACUUUGUUGCUCAGUAUGUCAAGCUAUUCAAUGAGAAGCGCGAGGACCUAGAGGAACAACAGCGUCACUUGAACGUCGGUCUGGAGAAGCUCCGCGACACAGUCGACAAGGUCAGCGAUUUGCGGGCUAGCUUGGCCCAGAAGAAGACGCAACUGGAGAAGAAGGAUACGGAAGCCAAUGAAAAGUUGCAACGCAUGGUUGCCGAUCAGCAGGAAGCAGAGCAGCGGAAGCAAGUCUCGUUGGAGGUGCAGCAAGCUUUGGAAAAGCAAGAAAAGGAAGUGGCCACACGAAAGGAGGUCGUCUUGAACGACUUGGCUCGUGCUGAGCCCGCAGUCUUGGAAGCUCAGAAGAGUGUCAGCAACAUCAAGCGUCAGCACCUGACUGAGGUCCGUUCCAUGGGUAACCCACCAGCUAGCGUUCGACUUGCCCUUGAAGCUGUAUGCACACUUCUUGGUCACAAGGUCGAUAGCUGGAAGACCAUCCAAGGUAUCAUUCGCCGAGAGGAUUUCAUUGCCAGCAUCGUGAACUACGACAAUGAGCGCCACAUGACUCGCAACCAUCGUGUCAAGAUGCAGAACGAGUUCCUGUCUAAGGAAGACUUCACAUACGAGCGAGUGAACCGUGCCAGUAAGGCAUGUGGUCCCUUGGUUCAAUGGGUGGAGGCUCAAGUCAACUACUCCGCCAUCUUGGAUCGUGUCGGACCUUUGCGUGAGGAGGUCGACCAACUUGAGGAACAGGCUCUGCAAACCAAGGCCGAGGCACAAGCUAUUGAGAAUACCAUCCAAGGCCUGGAGAGCAGUAUCGCCACCUACAAGGCUGAGUAUGCCGCCCUGAUCAGCGAGACCCAGGCAAUCAAGACCGAGAUGUCCCGGGUCCAGUUCAAGGUUGAUCGCAGUGUACGCCUGCUUGACAGUCUGGCCUCCGAGCGAGAGCGUUGGGAAGAAGGCAGCAAGUCUUUCGAGACUCAAAUUAGCACCCUUGUUGGCGAUGUACUCAUCGCUGCUGCUUUCCUUGCCUAUGCUGGUCUUUACGAUCAGCAGUUCCGUAAGGCGAUGAUCGAUGACUGGGUUCACCAACUUGCUCAGUCUGGAAUCAACUUCAAGCCCCACAACCCAAUUACAGAAUAUCUUUCCAAUGCCGAUGAGCGUCUCACCUGGCAAGCAAACUCUCUCCCUGUCGAUGAUCUUUGCACGGAGAAUGCCAUCAUCUUGAAGCGUUUCAACAGAUACCCCCUGAUUGUCGACCCGUCCGGUCGUGUCACAGAGUUCUUGCAGAAGGAGAGCAAGGAACGCAAGCUCACCGUCACAAGCUUCUUGGACGACUCCUUCGUCAAGCAACUGGAGAGUGCGCUCCGUUUCGGAAACCCCAUUCUCAUCCAGGAUGCAGAGCACUUGGACCCGAUUCUCAACCACGUCCUCAACAAGGAGUACCAAAAGACUGGUGGUCGUGUUCUCAUUCAGCUCGGCAAGCAAGAGAUCGAUUUCUCGCCAUCAUUCAAACUGUUCCUUUCCACCAGAGAUCCUUCUGCACAAUUCCCGCCUGACAUUUGCAGUCGGACGACCUUUGUCAACUUCACGGUCACGCAGAGCAGUUUGCAGACUCAGUCCCUCAAUGAUGUUCUCAAGUUUGAGCGCCCCGAUGUGGAUGAACGCCGCAACAACCUUGUCAAGAUGCAAGGCGAGUUCAAGGUCCACCUGCGACAGCUUGAGAAGCGCCUCUUGCAGGCACUGAACGAGUCUCGUGGCAAUAUUCUUGAUGAUGACAAUGUCAUUGAGACUCUCGAGACUCUUAAGAAGGAGGCCGCCGAAAUCUCGAAGAAGAUGUCUGAGACGGAAGGCGUCAUGUCUGAAGUGGAGAGCAUCACCCGCCAAUACAGCAGCAUUGCCAGGGCUUGCAGUGCCGUUUUCGCAGUCCUGGAGCAGCUUCAUCACAUCAAUCACUUCUACCAGUUCUCGCUGCAAUACUUUGUGGAUAUCUUUAAUGCCGUUCUUUACCAGAACAAGCGUCUCGCCCAGGAGAAGGACCAUGCCGCUCGUGUGCAGAUCAUCAUUCAGGAUCUGUUCAUCACCACUUAUCAGCGAACCUCGCUGGGUCUUGUCCAGAAGGACCGCAUUACAUUAGCGAUCCUUCUUGCCCAGGCCACUCCUUUCCCAAUGGAUAGAGCCAUUCUGGACCGUAUUCUGGACGAGUCUGUUGAGGAUACCGAUCUGUCAACAGCAUCCGAUGUUCGCGAGCAAGUGAUGGGCAAGCUUCUCAAUAUCUCAAUCUUCAAAGAGUUUGUUCCCGAAGUCCCUCAGGACCAGUGGGAUCGCUUCUUCACAGAGGAAAUCGCAGAGAACGCCGUUCCGGUCGUCUGGAAAGAGGAUACCUCCAAGCUAGAUCAGCUUCUUCGGUCCUUGCUAAUUGUCAAGCUUUGCCGCAUGGAUCGAUUUGUUCCGACCGCCGAGCGCUUCGUCGAGGCUGUGUUCGGUCGUGAACUCUAUGAAGGCAGUAGCGAUCUUAAGGACGUGGUUGACCAGGUCACUGCGACAACCCCCAUCGCUCUCAGCUCCAGCCCUGGCUUCGACGCCAGUUACAAGGUGGAUGCCCUGGUUGAGCGCACGCAUGCCACCUGCGCCAACAUUGCCAUGGGUUCGAACGAAGGCCUCGAGAGUGCCGACAAGGCAAUCAGCAACGCUGCGGCAACUGGUAACUGGGUGCUUGUCAAGAACGUCCACCUGGCACCGUCCUGGCUCCAGAGUCUGGAGAAGAGAUUGGAUUCUCUCAAGCCUCACAAGGAGUUCCGACUCUUCUUGUCCAUGGAAUCCAGCCCCAAGAUACCAGUCAACCUCAUCCGUGCCUCUCGCGUGUUGAUGUUCGAGCAACCUGCCGGUGUCCGCGCCAAUAUGAAGGAUUCUCUUUCUUCAUUGACAACUCGCGCCAGCAAGGCCCCCGUCGAGAAGGCCCGCGUCUACCUUCUUCUCUGCUUCCUCCACGCUGUGGUCCAAGAACGACUCCGCUACGCACCCAAUCUUGGGUGGAAGGGCUUCUGGGAGUUCAACGACAGCGACUACGAAUGCUCCGCCCAUAUCAUUGACCACUGGGUCAACACAGUAGCCCAGGGCCGUUCCAACGUUGCUCCCCAGAAACUCCCCUGGGACAUGAUCACCACCCUAAUCACCGAGAUGUACGGCGGCAAGAUCGACGACGCCGGCGACUUCCAGCAACUAGACGAACUGGUCAAGAGCUUCCUCACGCCCGCCGCCUUCGAGGACGAUCACAAGCUCGUCUCAGGUGUUGAGAACGAUGAGCUUCUCACUCUGCCCAGCGGCACUAGUAUCCGCGAUUUUAUCAGCUGGGUCAACAAUCUUCCCGAGCGCGAGCCGCCUACCUACUUGGGUCUUCCGGCUAAUGCUGAGAAACUUCUGCUGGUUGGCCAUGGUCGCAAGAUGAUCUCGGACUUGUCGCGUAUCACUACGCUUUUGGAUGAAGGCGAGCAGCUGAUGGUUGACAACUAG